AUGACCAAAGCACAACCACCAAAGGUGCUGAUCGCUGGCGGAGGCAUCAGCGGCUUAUUUCUCGCUCUUCUUCUUGAGCGCCAGAAUGUCCCCUACAUGGUCUACGAGCGGGCAUCCGAAAUCAAGUCUCUAGGGUCGGCCAUGGGUUUCGGUGCAAACAUCUUGCCUGCUUUCGAGCAGCUUGGACUCUUGGAGGAGCUGAUGGCGAUCUCGCUUCCUUGCCGUAGGUUGGAGAUGCUAGACAAGGAGCUUAACUUCAUGAGCGGUAUUGAUUUCAGCGAAUACAAGGAGCGCACUGGCUACGACACCGUCAUGUUCACGCGACCCAGUUUGCACCGCUUGCUAUAUUCCCACGUCCCUCCCGAGAAGGUUCUCCUCUCAAAGCGGGUCCUUUCGCUGGAGCAAAAUGACUUAGGUGUGAUGGUCAGAAUGGCGGAUGGAUCGACCUAUCAUGGCGAUAUCCUUGUCGGCGCGGAUGGUGCUUAUUCUGGUGUCCGCCAGGGACUUUACAAGCACUUGGAGAAGUGCGGAAACUUGCCGCUUUCCGAUAUGGAAGAACUGAAUAUGGGACAUCUGUGUAUGGUCGGUACGACCGAUCCUCUGGACCCUGAGAAGUAUCCAUGUAUCAAGAGUGGUAUCUCGUCGUUCCAACGUGUCAUCAACAAUGGCGACCCCUACACGUGGCACACCGUUAACAUGCGUGAUAACAGGUUGUGCUGGGGUAUUAUUGUUCAAAUCGAGUCGGGCAGCGCAUCCAGGGAUGCUAUGUUCCGCAAUUCGGAGUGGGGUUCGGAUGCCGACGAUAGCUUGAUGCAAAAGACCUACGAAUAUACAACGCCCGUGGGAGGGGUAAUCAGGGACUUGAUUAACGCUACUCCAAAGGAAAAUAUGUCCAAGACGUUCCUUGAGGAGAAACUCUUUGAAACAUGGUACCAUGGAAGGACUGUGCUUAUUGGGGAUGCUUGUCAUAAGUUCCUUCCAAGCGCAGGACAGGGAGCUGUCAAUGCCAUGCAAGAUGCUGUGGUGCUCGCCAAUUGCAUUUAUGAAAUGGGUGAAGCUACUCCCCAAAACAUCACCGCUGCUUUUAGAGAGUACUAUGCAGAGCGCCAUGCGCCUGUUAAAAGGAUGAUGAACAAGAGUGCAAUUAUGGCCGCUAUCCAAUACGGACAGACCUGGAAAGAGCGAGUUAUCCGCCAUGUCAUCUUUAAUUGGAUACCCAAGAAGGUGCAGACAGGGCAGUUCUUCAAAGAUGCGACUUACAGACCUCAGGCCGCGUUUUUGAAUUACGUCGAGAACCGCGGAUCCGACCCAGUCCUGCCACAGAAACCAUCCAAGAGAUGUGCGGAGGAGAAGGCUGCGCAUAAGAAGGCAGCUUGA